UUCAUUGAUGUGGCAACCACCGCGUAUUGCAGAAAAAUUUCUAUGCACUUGCAAAACAAUAAUAAUAAUUGUAGUUCAAUAUCAAUAGGAAACAACGACGAAAGCUGCAAGAAAGCACAUAGAAGAUGUUCCGAUCAAGUUUUGACAAAAACUUAGAAAAUGCCACUAGUCACUUGCGAUUGGAGCCCGACUGGCCCUCCAUCCUCCUCAUCUGCGAUGAGAUCAACCAAAAAGAUGUCACUCCCAAGAACGCCUUUGCUGCCAUCAAGAAGAAGAUGAACUCGCCCAAUCCGCACUCGUCCUGCUACUCCCUUUUGGUCCUCGAGAGCAUCGUGAAGAACUGCGGAGCUCCCGUUCACGAGGAGGUCUUCACCAAGGAGAACUGCGAGAUGUUCAGCAGCUUCCUGGAGUCCACGCCGCACGAGAAUGUGCGCCAGAAGAUGCUGGAGCUGGUGCAGACCUGGGCCAAUGCCUUCCGCUCCUCGGAUAAAUACCAGGCCAUUAAGGACACCAUGACCAUCCUGAAGGCCAAGGGGCACACCUUCCCGGAGCUUCGGGAGGCGGAUGCCAUGUUCACGGCGGACACGGCGCCCAACUGGGCGGAUGGCAGGGUGUGCCAUCGCUGUCGCGUGGAGUUCACCUUCACCAACCGGAAGCACCAUUGCCGCAACUGCGGCCAGGUCUUCUGUGGCCAGUGCACUGCCAAGCAGUGCCCGCUGCCGAAAUACGGAAUCGAGAAGGAGGUGCGUGUGUGCGACGGCUGCUUCGCUGCCCUCCAGCGCCCUUCAAGCGGCACCAGCAGCGGAAAGUCCGGAUCAAGACCGGCGGACAGCGAGCUGCCAGCGGAGUAUUUAAAUAGCACGUUGGCUCAGCAAGUGCAGACGCCAGCCCGCAAGACCGAGCAGGAACUGAAGGAGGAGGAGGAACUGCAGUUGGCCCUGGCCCUUAGCCAAUCGGAGGCGGAGCAGCAGAAGCCCAAGCAGCAAUCCCAGCCAGCGGCUGCCUAUCGCAUGCAGCAGCGUUCUCCCAGUCCGGAGGCACCGCCCGAGCCGAAGGAGUACCACCAGCAGCCGGAGGAGGCGACCAAUCCGGAGCUGGCCAAGUACUUGAACCGCAGCUACUGGGAGCAGCGCAAGAUCAGCGAGUCCUCCUCGAUGGCCAGCCCCUCGGCGCCGAGUCCCAUGCCGCCGACUCCGCAGCCGCAGCAGAUCAUGUCCUUGCAGGCGAAGAGCGCGGACGAGGUGCAGAUCGACGAGUUUGCCGCCAACAUGCGCACCCAGGUGGAGAUCUUUGUGAACCGCAUGAAGUCCAACUCGAGUCGUGGUCGCAGCAUCUCCAACGACUCCUCGGUGCAGACCCUCUUCAUGACCCUGACUUCGUUGCACUCGCAGCAGCUGUCCUACAUCAAGGAGAUGGACGACAAGCGCAUGUGGUACGAGCAGUUGCAGGACAAGCUCACCCAGAUCAAGGACUCGCGGGCUGCGCUGGAUCAGCUGCGGCAGGAGCACGUGGAGAAGUUGCGCCGCAUCGCCGAGGAGCAGGAGAGGCAACGGCAGAUGCAGAUGGCCCAGAAGUUGGACAUUAUGCGCAAGAAGAAGCAGGAGUACCUGCAGUACCAACGCCAGUUGGCACUGCAGCGCAUCCAGGAGCAGGAGCGCGAGAUGCAGCUGCGCCAGGAGCAGCAGAAGGCGCAGUAUUUGAUGGGCCAGUCGGCCCCACCGUUCCCCUACAUGCCACCGUCGGCGGUGCCGCAACAUGGAUCGCCCUCGCAUCAGCUGAACAACGUUUACAAUCCUUACGCUGCCGGAGUGCCCGGAUAUCUGGGACAGGCUCAAGCACCAGCUCCCAACGGACACGGACAGUUCCAGGCCAUUCCGCCGGGCAUGUACAAUCCCUCACUGCAACAACCGAUGCCACAGAACCUUCAGCAGCCGGGAGGAUUGAUGCAGCAACCAGCGCCGCCAGGAAACGGCCAGAUGAUGCCGCCCAUGCUCGAAAAUCAGUUCGCCAACAAUCCAGCACUCCUUCAGCAGCCACAAGCUCCGCCGCAGGCACAACAGCAUCCGAUUGCGCAGCCUCCGCAAAUCCCGUUCCAACAGCAGCCUCAGCAGAUUCCCGGUCCACAGUCUCAGCAGAUUCCUGGUCAGCAACCACAGCAGAUUCCAAUUCAGCAGGGCCAACCACAACCGCAACUGGCUCACGUGAUGCUCCAGCAGCAGCAGAUCGUCCAGACCCAUCCGCCAUUGGCCAACCAACCGGCUCCAGCUCCCCAGGCACCGCCAGUCACCGAAAUCGCCUCGAGCCAAGUCCAAGCGGUGGCUGCUGCACCUGCUCCGCCCCAAAACGAACCAGGCCCUCCGCCGGCUAAAGCCGAGGAGCCAGCCACAGCGGAACUUAUUAGUUUCGAUUAAUCCAAUGUUAUUCUUUUGUAUUAUCCUUUGGAGUUCCGGCAAACAGAUCUCGUGUGGUUGUUAUGCCAAAAAUUAGUUUUGUUGAAAAAUUAUGGUUCUUCUAUUCCAGUUUUAAACGGAUGUUGAAAUUCUUUAGUUCAUUGCGGUUAUAAGUUACUAUUCAAGAAGAUUCGCUUUAAAAAAUAUGCAAAAUUUAAGGAGUUAUGAAAAAAAAGACAGGAAAUGCCAUGCGAGAUCUGUUCACGCGCAGAGAUCAGCUCUUUUAUCAAGUUUUAACCAACUAAUGUUAUUCGAAAAUAAAACUUAACUUUGUAUUUUGA